AUGGGUACUCGCUCUCUUCGAAGCACAAGCACAUACGGAUCAACCAAUUACGGUACAAUACGCGACAGUCUUCAGCCCUGCGCGAAGCUCGCAACAGUGCUGGAUUCCGCACACCCUCUCUCAGAAUAUACCGACACGCUCACCACGAUCCAAAUCCUGGCAGAUGACUCCCUUCCAGACCUCAUCCAGCGAACGAUCAAGCACGUUGAAAAAAUCGCCGAGCAGCUGAUCCCAGGAGAAGAUGACGAGGCGACUCUCCUCGAUGAUCACGAUGCUGAAGACGAAGCUUUUCGUCCCACAGCGAUCCUACGAUUAGCCCUCACACAUCUCCAUACUAAUGCCAAUAUCGCGGCUUCCAGUAUUGAGCAUAUGACCUCGGAUAGCAAGGAGACGGCGGAGCGGAAGCUGGCUGCGUUGAAAAGAGAGGUUGCGAUGUGGGCGGAGAUAGAGGUCAGAUUAGGGAGAAUUCGGAAGGACUGGGAGACUUUUCAGGUUAUGGCGAAUACGCGCAGUGGGAAUGGUGGACUUCUGGAUGAUGGGAGUCGGGAAUUGGAUGAGAGGACGAUCUUGUGGUGGAAGCAGGUAGUCGUCAGUCAGGUCGUGCGGGCGUGUUGGUGUCGAAUGACUGAAGACGGAGAACAAGGCUUGCCCGAGGUCCAAGCCCUGAGUCCGGGCAGCAGCGAAGAAACCAUUGGAAAAGCGAUAUAG